UUCGGAGGCUCGUCCUGCGUCGUACGCUCCCCCCCCUCCCUACCCCGGUCCCCGGCUCCCUCUUUCCCCCUCCCUUCUCUCGCCUCUCCCCCCGCCCUUGGUAGCCGCCGGGAUCCCGUGAAGCUGACGAGGCCACAGGGAAGGUUUUUUUUCCCCCCACCCUGUCAAUUUAUUAUUCUUUUGAAGAUUCUUCGUUGUCAAGCCGCCAAAGUGGAGAGUGCGAUUGCAGAAGGGGGUGCUUCUCGUUUCAGUGCUUCUUCAGGCGGAGGAGGUAGUAGGGGUGCACCUCAGCACUAUCCCAAGACUGCCAGCAACAGCGAGUUCCUGGGGAAAACCCCAGGGCAAAACGCUCAGAAAUGGAUUCCUUCACGAAGCACUAGACGAGAUGACGACUCCGCAAAUGACAAAGAACGACAUGAUGCAAUCUUCAGGAAAGUAAGAGGCAUACUAAAUAAACUUACUCCUGAAAAGUUUGACAAGCUAUGCCUUGAGCUCCUCAAUGUGGGUGUAGAGUCUAAGCUCAUCCUAAAAGGGAUCAUACUGCUGAUCGUAGACAAAGCCCUUGAAGAGCCAAAGUAUAGCUCCCUGUAUGCUCAACUAUGUCUGCGGCUGGCAGAAGAUGCACCCAACUUUGAUGGCCCAUCAGCAGAGUGUCAUCCAGGACAGAAGCAAAGCACAACAUUCAGACGCCUCCUAAUUUCUAAACUUCAAGAUGAAUUUGAAAACCGCACCAGAAAUGUUGAUAUCUAUGAUAAGCGUGAUGGCCCCCUCCUCCCGGAGGAGGAGGAACAGAGAGCUAUUGCCAAGAUCAAGAUGCUGGGGAACAUCAAAUUCAUUGGAGAACUUGGCAAGCUUGAUCUUAUUCAUGAAUCUAUCCUUCAUAAGUGCAUCAAAACACUUUUGGAAAAGAAGAAGAGAGUCCAACUCAAGGAUAUGGGGGAGGAUUUGGAGUGCCUCUGUCAGAUAAUGAGGACAGUGGGACCUAGACUAGACCAUGCAAAAGCCAAGUCCUUAAUGGAUCAGUACUUUGCCCGUAUGCGCUCCUUGAUGUUAAGUAAGGAAUUGCCAGCAAGGAUUCGUUUCCUGCUGCAGAACUAUCUAUAUGAAUUGACUAAGAUUCUAAAUCUGUCUUUGAAGGAUCUGGGAGUCUUUAUUCCUGCUCCUAUGGCUCAAGGGAUGAGAAGCGACUUCUUUCUGGAGGGACCGUUUAUGCCACCCAGGAUGAAACUUGACAGGGACCCACUUGGAGGGCUUGCUGAUAUGUUUGGACAAAUGCCAGGUAGCGGAAUUGGUACUGGUCCAGGAGUUAUUCAGGAUAGAUUUUCACCAACCAUGGGACGUCAUCGUUCAAAUCAACUUUUCAAUGGCCAUGGGGGACACCUCAUUCCGCCUGCUCAAUCCCAGUUUGGAGAUCUAGGCAAAUCUUUUUUGAAAAAUCAGGGGCAAAGCCAGCUCUACCAUAACCAGAAUCAGGGACUGUUAUCCCAGCAACAAGGACAGUCGAAGGAUAUGCCACCUCGGUUUUCUAAGAAAGGACAGCUUAAUGCAGAUGAGAUUAGCCUGAGACCUGCUCAAUCUUUUCUAAUGAAUAAGAACCAAGUGCCAAAGCUUCAGCCCCAAAUAACUAUGAUUCCUCCCAGUGCACAACCACCACGCACUCAGACACCACCUUUGGGACAGCCUCCUCAGCUUGGUCUCAAAACAAAUCCACCACUUAUUCAAGAGAAGCCUGCAAAGAUCAGUAAAAAGCCGCCACCUUCUAAGGAAGAAUUGCUUAAACUCACUGAAGCUGUUGUGACUGACUAUCUGAACAAUGGAAAUGCAAAUGAUGCUAUCAAUGGUGUGAGAGAAAUGAGGGCUCCAAAGCCCUUCCUACCUGAGAUGUUGAGCAAAGUAAUCAUUCAAUCCCUAGACCGAUCAGAUGAAGAUAAAGAGAAAGCAAGUGCUUUGAUCAGCUUACUGAAACAGGAAGGAAUAGCCACUAGUGACAACUUCAUGCAGGCAUUCCUGAAUGUAUUGGACCAGUGUCCCAAACUGGAGGUAGACAUCCCUUUGGUGAAAUCCUACUUAGCACAGUUUGCAGCCCGUGCCAUUAUUUCAGAACUGGUGAGCAUUUCAGAACUGGCUCAACCACUGGAGAGUGGCACCCAUUUCCCCCUCUUCUUGCUUUGCCUUCAGCAGUUAGCUAAGUUACAAGACCGGGAAUGGCUAACUGAACUCUUCCAACAAAGCAAAGUCAACAUGCAGAAGAUGUUGCCAGAAAUUGAUCAGAAUAAGGAUCGUAUGCUGGAGAUCUUGGAAGGGAAAGGACUGAGUUUCUUGUUCCCACUUCUGAAACUGGAGAAGGAACUGUUAAAGCAAAUAAAGUUGGAUCCAUCCCCUCAAGCCAUCUAUAAAUGGAUUAAAGACAACAUUUCACCCAAACUUCAUGUAGAUAAGGGAUUUGUGAAUAUUUUGAUGACAAGUUUCUUGCAGUAUAUUUCAAGUGAAGUGAGCCCGCCUAAUGAUGAACCAGAUUCUUCAUCUGCUCCUUCUAAAGAGCAGUUAGAACAGGAAAAACAACUGCUUCUUUCCUUCAAGCCAGUAAUGCAGAAGUUUCUUCAUGACCAUGUUGAUCUACAAGUGAGUGCUCUGUAUGCACUUCAGGUGCACUGCUACAACAACAACUUUCCAAAAGGCAUGUUACUGCGCUUUUUUGUUCAUUUCUAUGACAUGGAAAUUAUUGAAGAGGAAGCCUUUUUGGCAUGGAAAGAGGAUAUUACUCAAGAGUUUCCAGGGAAAGGCAAAGCUUUAUUCCAGGUAAACCAGUGGCUAACCUGGCUGGAAACUGCUGAAGAGGAAGAAUCUGAAGAAGAUGCUGACUAAAGAACCAGCCAAAGCCUUAAAUUUGUGCAAACACUGUUGCUAUGAUGUAACUGCAUUUGACCUAACCACUGCGAAAAUUCAUUCCGCUGUAAUGUUUCACAAUAUUUAAAGCAGAAGCAUGUCAAUAGGAUGUUCUUCUGCAUAAGGUUUUUGUAGUAUGUCUUAAUCAUAGUCUACCAUAAAAUAUUUUAGAGUAUCUUUAAUGUUUAGAUAACAGUGUAUUAGCAGCAUGCAAUAAUUACAUCAUAAGUUCUCAAGCAGAAGCAGUCUAUUGCAAGGGUUUUCUUUGCUGCCAGUUAUCAUAGGCUGUUAAGUUAGAAAACUGAAUAGCAACACUGAAUACUGUAGAAAUGCACUUUGCUCAGUGUAAUACUUGAGUCGUUGCAAUAUUUGAUUAUCCAUUUGGUUGUUACAGAGAAUCCUUAACUGUAAUCGAUGGUUGUUGCCGUAAUAGUAUAUUGCCUGUAAUUCUACCUCUAGUAAUGGGCUUUAUGUGCUAGAUUUUAAUAUCCUUGAGCCUGGGCAAGUGCACAAGUCUUUUUAAAAGAAACAUGGUUUACUUGCACAAAAACUGAUCAGUUUGGAAAGGUGGUUAAAUGCCCUUGGAAGUGGUUUUUGUGGGUGUGAAACAUAAAAUGGUGAGAAAUUGAAUUGGUCCCUCUUAUUAUAGUAUUGAAAUUAAGUCUACUUAAUUUAUCAAGACAUGUUCAUGCCCUGAUUUUAUAUACUUGUAUCUAUCAAUAAACAUUGUGAUACUUGA